GUCAUUUGAUAAACAUCACUGAUGUUGUUUAUUUAUUUUUGAACAAACAACAUCUGUUAAAAUCACUCAUAUAAUCACUAAACAAAUCCAACAUGUUGAUUUCCACAAUAUGAAUAGCGGUGAAACUAACAAGAAGAAAUAUAAACGACGAAAACAUGAAACGUUAGUAACCACACGUCCAGAAACAUCGAAAGGAGAAAGCUCCAGUAACGCAAAUGAAGCUGAGCAACCGGAACCCAAGUGUCCUUUGCUAGCUAAAGAUUCAGAAUGGGUUGAUAUAUUAAAAACAGCGGCCGAUUCGAAAGAUGAGAAAAACAAUAGUGGCGAGGAGGCAAUUCCACACCUUGUAGAGUGCGAGGAUGGAGCUGAAACUAAACCUCUUGUUUUGAUGUUUCCUGGACUGCUAGACAAAUAUCCUGAUAUGAUAGAAGGAAUGUUAAAUAAAACAAUGUCAACCAGUGAAGUUACCAAACAUUUGGUUGGACAAAAAGCUAACUUUUCAUGUAUGAAAAAAGUUGAUCGGCUAAUUCCAAGCGAUAAGAAAUGGUUGGAAAGUUUAACAGAACAAAGCACUUCGCUCUGCUCAAUUUUGUCUGGACAAACUGACAGUAUUUUGAGUGAUUACGAAGCGGAUACAGAAGCAACAGACGAAGAAGAAAAGCCAUUUAUAAGCGAAAAAACCGAUUUAUCAUCAUAAAAAAGACCUAAUUGUGUCUAUAUA